AUGGCGCCUAGAUGGCCGCAGGUAAACAAUGGCCCCGAACACAUCAACGAGCAUGCCACAUACCUUAGAGAAGCGUGCAACCAACUGCAGGCAGCGGAUAAAGGCAGAACCAAUCAGAUUCCAUGGCACAUAGUCCAAAGUUACACCGAAUCCACCCUCGCACUCAUUGGUAAAGUGCUGCAGCAGCCAUCCGUGGGGGAGGUGCUCCAUCACAUCCAAGACGCGGCAAAAGACAUCCAGGCCAUUCAGAGAGACGUCACGGCUGUCAAGAGCUCCAUAGGACUAGGCACUACAUCACUCAACUCGGCCAAAGGCUCAACGCUACUACCACCACCGUCAGUGCUAGUACAACCAGGAUCACACACCACAAAGACACAAAGCACAGUGACCGCAUACAGAGACCGACUGGUGACAGUUAAGCUCAAAGACUAUAGCAUCGUGCAACGGUACCGCAAUCAUCCGAUCACCUGGACUAAACAACAAGUACAAAACUCCAUACGAGACAACACUGCUACUAGAGCGAUCAAGCUCGUCGACGCACAUCAGCUCAAAAGUGGAUGGCUAAAAGGCCUAGGAGAUCAAGCAGAAGUCAUCGUGCCGACCUAUGGAGUCAUUGUCCAUGGCAUCUCUACCAAAUCCAUCAAUAUCAAAGAUCAGAGGGCAACCAUCCAACAGAUACUAACAGACAACUACACCGUGAUCCCCGAUGCCAAGAUAUCAUACGUAGAAUGGCUAACCAGAGAAGGCCCCCUUAAACAUGCAUCCUCCAUAGUAGUUAAAUUCACUGCCCCAGAGAUGGCGAAUGCCGUCAUUUAUGCUGUAAGCGAACCAGACACAGCUGGGGGAAGAAUCUUCAGAGGGUUUUACAUGUAUUGCGGUGUGGACUACCAUCGACCGCCGACACUACGUAUGCAUUUGAAGUCCGCAAAGAAACACGCUCAAAACAACAUCAGCGUCGUGCGAGAGACAAUGGGAAGAGGCAGCUCGGACACUCCAUCUUGGACACCGAAACCACGGGUGGACAGUGCCAACGAUGCUCGAGUUACGCGCAGACAAGCCGCCACAAACAGUGCCAAAUACAAUGUCCAAAAGUCCAAAAAUGUCGUCCUUGCCAGUCUCUUCCAGGACCGUUGGAUCUCCGAAUACGAAGUGCUGGCGAUUCAAGAACCCUGGCGUAACCAUCGUACCUCCUAUCAUCCAUUGAAGACGCAUUUCCAGUUGGCAUAUCCCAAUGACAGGAACACAAGAGUGUGCUUCUACAUCAACAAGCGGGUUGAUGCCAGCACGUGGAAUGUGUCAUUCAUCACCAAAGAUAUCAUCGCUCUGGAGAUCAUCCACCCUGUCCUACACCAUAAAGUUUCCAUCAUCAACGUGUACAAUGAAUUAGGGACCAGCACCCUGGACGACCUGAGAUAG